AUGGUCUUCACUGGCCUGCUCACCUCGAGCGAUAGGCCACCAAGGCCAGCAUCCGCGUCCAGUCGUCCGAAAGCCUCCUCAUCGGCCUCCGAAGUCGAACUGCUCCCCGAGUACAUCCACGACGAGAUCCAGCUCCCGUGCAUACCUCCCGAGCGACCGAACCUGCGGGAGCUGAACAACAGCCUGGAGGCCCUGGCUGCCGUCUUCCCCGACAUCCGGAUCGAAGUGUUCCGCGAGCUUCUCGGAAGCUUUGAUGGCGAGUCUCGAUUGGCACUGGUUGCUGAUACGCUACUGAAGAAUCGCGUUCAGUGGGUCAAGGGGCGAUGGAGGGUUGCUGAGAAUCACACGGGCGAAUCCGAACCGAUCCCCCGCGGAGAGUCUUUUCGAAGUAAGGAAUACAUCACCGCCGUGCAAAAUCUGGCCUAUCAAGAGUUCAAGGGACUGUCCAAGUUGAACAUCAAUGCCGUCCUCGCCGAGUCCAACUACUCGUACCUCGAGGCCCGCCAAACGCUCGCCACCCUGUCGUCCAAAUCAUGGCGCUUCACCAUCUCCUCCUUCUUCCUCCGACGGAAGCCCAUCGCCACGGGCGAGGCAGAGCAUCAUCCCCUGGUGGUCUGGCGGUCGACAGGGCAAGGGGCCAUCUAUCCCGCCAUACGAGCGACUGGUAAUGCCGAGUUUGACCGCGAGUUGUUCACGCGCCUGAUCGCGCCCCUGAAGGAGCGCGAUGCCGAGCGAAAGGAAGCGGCCGACAGGGAAUACGCCGUGCAGAUCAACAACGAGGAGGCGGAGGCGGCCGACGCCACGUAUGACUGUACCUGCUGCUUCUGCCCCGGCACCUUUGAGGAGUUCACCCACUGCAACAAGGAAGGCCACAUGAUCUGCUUCCGCUGCGUGCAGCACUCAAUCAGGGAGGCCGUCUUUGGGCAAGGCUGGCAGAGCAGCAUCAACCCCGACACGGGCACGCUGAAAUGCAUGGCCGUGGACGGCGACGGGUGCACGGGGCAUGUCCAGCGCGAUCACAUGCAGCGGGCAAUGACGGAGGAGAAGAAGGGCGCCGAGAUCCUGCACAAGCUCGACCAGCGGCUUGCGGAGCACAGCUUGCUCGCAUCCAACGUGCCACUCGUGCGGUGCCCGUUCUGCAACUACGCGGAAAUUGACGACAUUUAUGUGCCGGCGCACGAGGCGCGUUUGCGGGUCGACAUUGCCAGCAUUGUCUCUUUGUCAUUUACUUCACUCGGUGUGCUCUUUUUCGCGCCCAUGGCCGUGUUCCUGUCGCUAGCAGGCUCGGUGCUGAUCCUCCUGCUCGGCCAGCAGCACGCUUGGGGCCGUUAUCUUCGAAGAGAGUGGGACGCGGCGAUUACGCGGCACAGGCGGCGGAGACGGGGCCAAAAGUUCACGUGUCAGAGCCCCGAGUGUGGCAGGCCGUCGUGUCUCACGUGCGGCAAGUCGUGGAAGGAUGUGCACGUCUGCAACGAAUCGUCCCUGGUCGCUUUGCGGACGCAGGUGGAGACGGCCAUGAGCCUGGCCAUCAAGCGCGUGUGUCCCAAGUGCAACACAUCGUUUGUCAAGAACGACGGCUGCAACAAGCUGACGUGUCCCUGCGGGUACAAGAUGUGCUACGUGUGCCGCGCCGACCUGAGCGAAGAGGGAUACCGACACUUUUGCGACCACUUCCGACCGGACGGCGAUCCGCGCCCGUGCAAGGAGUGCGACCGGUGCAACCUCUGGGAGUCGGAGGACACCAACAAGAUCCUCCGCCAAGCGAGGGAGGAGGCGGAGCGGAAGUGGAAGGCGGAGGAGGAUCGCGACCUGUCCGGGGAAGAAAAGGCGUUCCUCGAGACGGGCGUCGCGUCGAGGGGAGGCGAGCUCGCCGCGUUCCGCUGGGACGUGCUGCGCGGGCACCGACCUACCACCGCCGAGGUGUUUGACUUGGUUGUGAAUUGCUUCUUUCUCUAG